AUUUGUUAUUAAUUAUAAAUAAAAACCAUUGGUUUUUCAUAUUGCCGUUUUCAUGCUUAUUACUGAUAUGCUGAUGGUUUUAAUUUGGUCAAUAAUUGGCUGAUAAAUAUUGGCAGCUGAUGCAUCGGUGCAUCCCUAGUUAAUUUUGUUAUACAUUUUUCCAGGGCUUUGCAGAUGUGCAUUUCUGAAAACUUCCAAAAACUAGAUAUAGGUAUUGCACUAAACGAAAAGCCAAGUGUCGCUUAUUUUUUUUUAAUUAGUAUUAUUAUUGUUUUUAUGUCAAUAAAUAAAGGUACAUUUCUAGUUUCAACAUUAUUUGUACUUAAGAUCUUUUUUUUUUUGGACAAGAAAAAAUAGGUUUUGACCCACAUUUGGUUUUCAGCCGUUAAAAAUGGGUAAAAUGUAACAAUUUACAGAUCGCUGGUAUUUAACCUUAAAAAUGAACAUACUUCGGAAAAACAACUAAAAAGUGUUUACUUCCCAUUUGUGUACUCACAUAAUUGGCAUAUAAUGCAACAAGGGGUGCUGAAGUCAACUAAUUUUAGUAAAAGACCUACUAAUCUCUGUGUUAAAAUAAAAUAAUGAUGCUGCCACCUUUCUUAGGUUAUUUUUUUAACCUGUAGUUUUGCUCCAAAAUCAUUAGCGAAAAUGGUCAUUUUGACUCCCCUCUACAAAAUAAUGGAUUACUCUGUAAAUAUUGAUCCAUUGCAUUUAAAAUUUUAGCUUUCAUUAUCAUUUAUGUUUAUCAUUUAUAACCUCUGGUUGAGUUGACCCAUAAUAAACAUGUUCUGUCUUUUGUUGUGACUGUAGAUUGAGGAUGUUGUAGCACUUUUUCAAUGGCCAAAACACUGGCACUGAGGUGGCAUUUGCUUAGGCAUUUGGGAGCCCAAGUCCUUCAAUCGUUGGUGGUGUUUCCGGGUAAGCAUCUAUGCUCUCCCUGUCUUCGGACGUCCAGUGUGUAUUCUCUCAGUCAAAGAGGUGUAUGCACCACAACACGAGAUCCACUCUUCCUUGUCGCUGGACCUGUUCGUCCUUAUCAAGAGCUUCUUGUGAGUGGAAAUGGUCUAUCGUGGUUGCACCACCUGACUUCUGAUGAGGAUCACACAUUUACAAACCGCUUGUCUUCCUGUACAACAUCUCAGGAAGUUCUACGUCUCCUGCGAUCUCACCCUGAGCUCUCGGGUGCAGCAUCAGCUUCCGUCCUUCACCGAUUGGCUGACUUGGAGAAGGAUGGUGCCGGUGGUCUUCAGAACCCACAAGUCCUGCUGUCAGAUGUGGUCUUGAACAAACUUUGUCAAAGACUGGUGCAAGAGUCCGCUGUGUUGGAGGAUGACGUGGUGAUUCGAGCUCUAGUGGGAUGCACACGGCUCUACCUUGACCCUUGGAGUCGCCUGGUGGUAAGGCUGGUGUCCGAGAGUCAGAAGAGGCUGGACUCAGGACGGUUAAGUGUUGAAGCACUCUGUGGGUUAGCGAGGGCUUUAUUUGCGUUGGAAGGGCCUGAUUGUGGAAUGCUAAAACAGGCCAUGACGCAGCUCCAAAAUAAAGACCCGGCCCGAUGUAGUGCAACAGACCUAGUGGCAGUUUACCGUACGCUAGCAUCUGGUUUGGGUGAGGAUGGACGCUACCUGGAGCUUCUGAAUGAAAUGAAUGCUCAAGCACUUCGAUUAGCGCACCGAAUGGACCCAGUUGUGGUUAGUGAGGUUUUAGGCGCUCUAGUCACACUGGGACAGACGCAAGCAUUGCCACUAGUUAUUGCGCUCUGCAAGCAAGCUGUCCGUCAUGUGCAAAACUUCGCAGAUGCAGAACUGACAGUGGUGUUGUCAGCACUUAUGCACUAUGGACACAGUGAUCACUUUCUUGUUGAAGCUCUUGAGCGCCACGUGCCUAAGAUCGCCUUCAGUGCUCAUGCAGAAACCAUAACCAAAGUGAUGCAAUAUUUUGGGCAACGACGCAUUCUUUCUCCGCCUGUUUUUAAUGCGGUGGCUGAGAGUUUUGUAUACCGUGCAGAGGAGUACUCCACGUGGCAGGUGUCACAGCAGAUAGUCGCGCUGGGAGUUUUGGGAUACGUGCCGCCUGAUGCGGGGAGAUUGUUCCGAAAGGUGGAGUUGGUAUUGAAUGCCCGAUUUUCACAAUUUCACCCCAAAGCUCUUCUAGAUCUACUGCACGCCUGUACACUGCUACAGAGGUACCCGCUGAACUUCGUCUCAAAAGUCUUCAGCCCUUACUUUAUGCAGCAGCUACAGGCUGAGGAGGACAGCGGAAUGGAUCGCACAGUGCUCGCUCAACUCACCCAGCUCUACAUGACUGUGAAGCUGGAGUGUCCAUUCUAUGAUGGUCUACGGCUGUCGCCCAAGUUUCGUGUUAAGUCAUUUUUGGCCCCAAGACAGUCACUGGAAACUCAGGUUGAACCUCAACUCUACAACGCUGUGAAAUAUGGACUAGUGGAUCUGCUGGGAGCUCGAUCCUACUUCGCUUCUAGAGUACUCACUCCAUAUUGCUAUACACUAGAUGUUGAGAUAAAACUAGAUGAGGAAGGAUAUGUCCUGCCUGCUUGCCAUAUAGAUGAAGUCCACAAAAGAAUCGCCGUCUGUAUUGAUGGGCCAAAGCGCUUCGCUGAAAAUGCAAAAGAGCUUCUGGGCAAGGAAUCUAUCAAGCAACGACAUCUGAGGAUUCUGGGAUAUGAUGUUGUUCAGAUUCCAUAUUAUGAGUUUGAGAAACUUAAGGACAGAAAAGACGUCGUGGAAUAUCUUCACAAGAAGAUCUUCCCUCACAGCUACAGACUCAGCUGGUGAAUGCUGGCUCACCAAAUCCCUCAUCUAACUCAUAUUUCUCAGUCAACAUUCAAUGCACUUAGUGGACAUAUUGGGUAGACAAUUUGUCCCCCACAUACAGAAACAUUUGUUGUAUUUUUGAUUUAUUUUUAGCUUUUUAAAUUCUAAGUCAAUUGCACAGUUUGUGUAAAGUGCUAUGUAAUUUAUUAUAAUAAAAGAGCUACAAGAUUUUGAUAUGUUGGUUCUUCAGUCAACAUUUCUACUUUGUCCCUCAGACUUUUCGUUGUUGCCAAACGUGAACCAUAUUGCUGCAUUAUGGAACAAUAAUGCACAAUAUUUCAUUGAAAAUGUAUGAAAUAUAUAAUAAUUUAUUAUAUUUGCUUUCAGUAGGCAACACUGUAUUGCAUUACAAAGUAAACCAACUACAGGUGUCUAUCUUUUAGAAAACAGGAUAGAUCAUGGCAACAGUAUCCCAAUAGAAAAUAAUGAAACUCAGAGCCCAAAGAUUAAUUAUGAAAGCAGACUAUGAAGGACACAUUCCUUAUGAAGCAAUAAAAGGUUAGAGUCAAGACUGAGAUUGAAGGCAGGACUGUUUUAGUCUUGACACUGAAGUUGUUAAUCUUUGUCCUGGUGUUUCAUUGUAAAGUACGUGUGUGUGUGUGUGUGUGUGUGUGUGUGUAAAUAUUUGUCCAAGUCUUUUGAGGGUUUGGGGUUGUGUAGUGUUGUCAUUCCAUUAUGAGGCUGAAAUCUGAGGAAGGCCAAAUUCG